CCUCGGCCUCCCAAAGUGCUGGGGUUACAGGCGUGAGCCACCGCGCUCUCAGUUCUUUUUUCUUUUUAAGCCCGUUAUAAUCUCUGUAAGUCCUAUCAGUUCCAAGAGACUUUCUGCACAAAUACAUCUCCAGGUUGUCAAACCUAAAAAUAUUUUCCUAGAGGAUGGCCUGUGACGUCAAGGCGCCAGGUAGCCCCCGGAGGAAAGCUCCAAAGGAGGCCGCCAUCUUUCUUACAGCAGCCCGGCAUUUUGCGCAUGCGCUUCUGAUUGUCUGUCCGCAAUGACGCUCUUCGGCCUUCUCGGCACCCAUACGUUUGGGAACGGCAGUUUCGAGGUAUAUCCCGUGCCUUACCUGACUGGGGGCUCUGAGUCCAGUUGUGUUGUCUUCAACUUAGACACCAUGGAGGCACCUCCAGUCACCAUGAUGCCUGUCACUGGGGGUACCAUUAACAUGAUGGAGUACCUAUUGCAGGGAAGUGUUUUAGAUCACAGUUUGGAAAGCCUCAUCCACCGCCUUCGUGGUUUGUGUGACAACAUGGAACCUGAGACUUUCCUUGACCAUGAGAUGGUAUUCCUUCUUAAGGGCCAGCAAGCCAGCCCAUUUGUUCUCAGGGCCCGACGCUCUAUGGACAGGGCAGGAGCACCCUGGCAUCUGCGCUACCUGGGACAGCCAGAAAUGGGAGACAAGAAUCGCCACGCCCUGGUGCGAAACUGCGUGGACAUUGCCACAUCUGAGAACCUCACCGACUUCUUGAUGGAAAUGGGCUUCCGCAUGGACCAUGAGUUUGUUGCUAAGGGACAUUUGUUCCGUAAGGGCAUCAUGAAGAUUAUGGUGUACAAGAUUUUCCGCAUCCUGGUGCCAGGGAACACAGACAGCACUGAGGCCUUGUCACUCUCCUAUCUCGUGGAAUUAAGUGUGGUAGCACCUGCUGGGCAGGAUGUGGUCUCUGAUGACAUGAAGAACUUUGCAGAGCAGCUAAAACCUCUGGUUCACCUAGAGAAAAUAGACCCCAAGAGGCUCAUGUGACUAAGAGGAUCUGUCCACAUUUGGGGCCUGUCCUUACUUGCUUGAAAAAA